AUGCCACCGGACGUAUUGCAAAAGCAAUUUUCCAUAAACGAACCCAAACACGAGCCGAUACACGCGAUCGUAAUCGAUUUAUCCACUGUUCCUCAAAUCGACUACACCGGGGCUCACUGUCUCAUCGAGGUGUUCAACGAGCAGCGAAGUAAAGGAAUUGCAGUGCUCUUCGCAGCAGCGCCAUGUGAGUGCUAUUCACAUUUUUGUGAAUAA